CUAGCAGAAACUUUCUGGUUCCAACCUGUAAAUGACUAAGAUUACCCCUAAGUAAUAAUACUCUCGUUUUAGUCCACUUUAAAAUGAUUUAAAAUCCUUACAACAAUACCCCGUUUAAAUUCUUAUUCUUCAGAUAAUAACAGUACCAAAAUCAAGUGAGAAAGUUUUAGAGAAGGAGAUGGAAGGAAAUCCGUUGUCAGUAGAAAAUCAGAGUUCAGAAAUGCAAGAGAUUAAGUAUGAAUGGGCUGUUGAGUUUUGUCGGUUCUUCCAUUACCCAAAAUCUUUAUCAUCAACUUCAACAAAUCUAAAACCUAAACGUAGAAAAAUUAGUCGUGGAACUUGGAUCUCUUCAUCUUCACUUGUUUCUUUAAAACUCACAUACGAUCCUUCAAAUCCUGAACAAAUCCUCGCCGUUUGUCUUAAAGAUUAUGUUCUUGAACAACACUAUGUGUGCAAUUUGAAUCUUGUAUGGCUACAGGUGUCAGAGAGCGCUCAAUGCCUUCCCAUGGGAAGUAGAGUUAUUUUUGCAAAUUACACAGACAGACAUAAUCAGAUUCAGAAGUUUGCCAUGCGAUUUGUGGCAGUAAGUGAUGCUCAAGCGUUCAUGGAUUUCAUAAAAGUGCAACCAUCACCACUUGCAAUUAUAGAACAGUAUGUUCAGUUCUCUUGUCAGAAGAGUUUUACCGAUGAGAUGGAGAUUGGAAAUUUGGAAACUGGUUUACAGCCAGAAAUCUCAUAUCCAUUAGAGUUUGGCUCUUCAAAUGAACAUCCUUAUUGCCCCGGAUCACUUCAGAGUUCUGUUGGAGUAGGAACAGAAACAGUAACAACCUGCAAUGCAUUAGCCUAUCUCCAGGAUGUAAAGGACAUGUUUCAGGAUAGGAACGGUAAAUACGACGAGUUCCUUAAAGUCUUGCAAGAUUUCAAGGCUCAAAGGAUUGACACAACAGGAGUUUUAGCUUUGGUGAAGGAUUUGUUCAAAGGACAUAGAAACCUUAUUUUGGGCUUCAAUACCUUCUUACUUAAAAUUAAUGAGAUAACCCUCCCACUCGACACAGACGAGUCUCUUCCGAAGAAGCGUGUAGAACAGGAGAGGUUGAUGGAUAGGAUGGAGAUUAGCAAUUCAGAGUCAGAAUUACAGACAGAACUCUCAUCUUUGUUUCAGUUAGUCUGUUCAAAUGGACCUUGUUACAGAAUGGAUGAAGUGAGCCUUCUGAAUAUGCGUCCUGCCGAGGCUUCUAAAAAGCCACUAUAUGCAACUUGUUCGCCGAAGCCGGCACCAGUUGCUGCAGACACUUCUGAGCUGCCACCAGAUUCCACUUAUUUACUGGAGAUGCCACAAGUUGCAACUUAUAGUCCUAGGAUUUCACCAGUUGCUGUUUCUCCUAAGCUGCAACCUGCUAUAAGUAACAACUUUGAGCAAACCAAAUGCUCCCAAGAACAAUCACUUAGUCAAGACUUUCACUACUGUAGAUCCUUUCCCAUCAGCUUCACCGCACAAUUGACCACUUGUACUGCUGAGGCCAAACAAGUACAACAACUAUCUGCUCCCGAGGAAAUUGAUAUCAAGUCUCAAGUCACGAAAUACCUGUUAGAUUCUUCUUUCCAUGAGAUGUUGAUAAAAGUAAAGGAAGUUGUCAACAAAAUAGGAGGUGAUUCUGAACAAGAGAAACAACUAUCAGUUCCUGAGGAAAUUGAUAUCAAGUCUCAAAUCAUGAAAUAUAUGUCCGAUGCUUCUUUCCAUGAGAUGUUGACAAAAGUAAAGGAAGUUAUCGGGGAAAUUGGGGAUGUUUUGGCGUUGUAACCACUAGCCAGCCCCGGUUUAACGGAUAAUAUAGUUUAUUCUUGGCUCGCUGGCAGAGAUGAGCAUGUAAAUGUUUAUGACCUAGUUCAAAUUUGCACAAUUCUUAAAGCAAGGAGAAGAGAGUUUUUAAAUAUUUUUUAUAAUUAUGCCCUUAUGGAUAAUUACUUGUCUAGUUUAGAAAUGAUUUCUCUCUCAAACUAUACGAUGGAUAUACGUAAAGUUUAUAUCAUUGAAAAUUAUGGGAGAAGCAAAAUUUCUCUCUCCUUUCUCUCA